ACUUCAGUGUGCUAUAACCGCUCUAGAUGAGCGGAUGUGUGUUGUGCCGUGUCUUAUGUGUUUUUUUUUUGUAGUAUAAGGAAAAUAUAAGAUGUACAUCUACGUUGUGAUAAUUACAUUGGCGGUGAUGGUGGUCAAAGCUGAACCUGAGAACACACCGGUUGAUAUUCACGCUGCUUUAAAAGAUAUUUUUGGUGAAUCCUGUACAACGAAAGAUGGAAAAAUUGGGAAAUGUGUGAUGAACAGUGAAUGUAAGCAAUAUAAAGCUGUAGCCACUGACAGUGAUAGUCUUUCUGUUAUGCGGAUACGCUCAUGUUCAAACUACUUACACGUGUGCUGUUUGGUCUUUGAUCCCAACACAAAGAAGGAUACAAAUCCCGUUCAAGAAGAGAAAAAAGGCUGCGGAUGGCGAAAACAAAUCGGUGUGUUAAAUGAAUCUCUGAAUGACAAUGUGACACAAUUUGGAGAGUUUCCCUGGACUGUCGCAAUAUUCAGGAAAGAAAAAAAAGUAGUAAACGGUGAAGACAAGGAAACCAUUAAAUACGCAAACGGAGGAUCUCUCAUCCAUCCCAGCGUGGUGCUGACGGCUGCACAUGUAGUAUCUACACAUCAGGACUUGUUCAUCCGCGCCGGAGAGUGGGACAUUCAGUCGAGACAGGAGCCUUUUCCCCACCAAGACAGGGUGGUCGAUGUCGUUGUGAUUCAUCCACAGUUCAAUCGUGCAAACUUGUUCAAUGAUAUAGCACUGUUAUUUCUAUCGAAGCCAGUGGAAUAUGCCCCCAAUGUAGGGGUUGUGUGCCUACCCCCACAGGGCUACGGGGUUAGUGAGGGCGCGAAGUGCAUGUCAACAGGGUGGGGGAAGAACAUGUUUGGAAAGUUAGGACAGUAUCAAACUAUUAUGAAGAAGGUUCAGCUACCAGUAGUAAGUAAUGCCGACUGUCAAUCUUCCCUUCGUAAGACACGUUUGGGUAGAUACUUCAGUCUAAGUCCGACAUUCAUGUGCGCGGGAGGCGAGACGGGUAAAGACACGUGUCAAGGGGAUGGCGGGUCACCCCUCGUUUGCCCGAUUAACUUUGAUUCAAAUCGCUAUAUGCAAAGCGGAAUUGUAGCGUGGGGUAUUGAAUGCGGCAAUACAUACCCUGGAAUCUACACGAAUGUUGCCGUCUUCAGGCAGUGGGUAGACGAAAUGAUGAGAGAAAGAGGAUAUGAUACAUCUGUUUAUACUUAUUGAAUAAUAAUAUUUUUUUACAAGGUU